GGUGUGCUCCGUUUUGAAGAUGCUGACAGUUAUUGAGCUAGUUGCCAUUUAAAUUACGGCAAGGAUCUUAUAAGUUAUAGAGCAAAGGAACACUGUGCUGUGGUAAUAGUUGCUCAACAAACAGAAGACAGGGACAAUCGCCAUGCAGAACUUUGACGACCUUGACAUCGAGGGCCGCAACUCCUCCCACAACUCUGAAGAACAACGAGAUAAGGAAGAGAAUGAUAGGAAGAGAUUGAUGAGAACCAGCGUGACAGCUGAAGAUGGCAAUCUUAGACCAGUAUACUCAGAGACAGAAGAUGGUGAUGUUUGGUGCCAUAUUUGCAACAUUGCUCUGUUUGGAGCUCAUAAGCUUCUCAGUCAUAACAUUUGUAAUCGGCACAAAAUAAAGCUUGAAGAGUGGCCUUAUCCAGUGCUACUGUGGUCCAAGUGUGCAGAUAUAGUGAAAAAGAUAAAGCCCAGCUUAGAAGACGUUGCUCCCGGAGAGCCAAUUCCUCCGGGUAUGGAGGAUCAAAUAUCGAGGACAACGACCAUUCAAAAGAGUCUGGAUCGACACAGGAGCUCGCCUCUCGUUGGGCUCGAGUAUCUUCUGGAAUUGAUGGAUCCAGACAGUUCUGAACCCAGUUACACGUGCACAUUGUGUGACAAGCGGGGCGAUCCUCGCACGGUAAUGGCUCACAUUACCAGUUACAAUCACCGUAUGACGUACUUGAACCGUCACUUUCCCACGAUAUCAAGGGCGAUAUCGAAUCUUCCUCAUACCGUUAAUUUUAAGCGAGGAGCUAACGAAAUUUCAGUGUUAGUUGCCAAAAAAAUUGAACAACACUUCGGCAGAUUGCAGCCGCAAUUGGUGGACAAGGCGAGCUUCGACAAAAACAAAGUGCAAAUUAUCAAGAGGAUAUUUCAAGAUUAUCAUUUUAAAGAAACUCAAGACAUUACUUUUAUGGAAGUUUAUGAUGUUCGUUGGACAACGAACUUUGAAGAAAAAAUGGCAGAGAUGACCGUUAAAGAACAAGAAGAAAAAGAUGAAAUUUUAAAAAAGGAUGCAGUUAAGGAAACGGAAAAAAUUAAAGAAUCAGUGAAAACAAUUGAUCCAAAAUCAACAGAUAAACAAUCGUAA